AGAGUAACUUUAUUUACGGGGGAGGGAGUAUAUUUUAAAACCUAUUUCUCUACUAAUUUUAAAAAUACAGGGGAAAAAGAAUAUUGACAAGAAUAUGUAAAAAAGAUGAAAAAAUUUAAACAAAAAAAGGUGGUGAGAAAAUCAUAUUCCAGAGACUCGUUGCCCUAUAGGAUCUUUCUCUCGGCAACUCAUUUCCGCCGCCUCUUCCGCUUGUCUCAGCCGCAUCUCAGUGCAGAAACUCCAGCUCCGCCUCAUCUUCUUCCGCUUGAAGGCCACCUCGCGGCAAAUCCAUGGAGAGGCCUGCUAGCGGACCAGCUGCUGUUCAAGUUAUUCAGAAGAAGUUGCGUGCGCUUAACAGCAAGUUAAGACACUUAGAGAGUAUAGAAAAAUCACAUUUGCGAUAUAAUAAAGUCAUUGAAAGUAUCCCUGAGGAGAAAGGAGCCUGAGCAGGUCAAUGUGAGUGACUGGCAGAAGUUUCAAGGCUUACACUGGAAAAUUACAAGCCAUUCAGCACUCGAUUAUUGAGGGAAAAUAUUUUUUUUCAUGUGGAGCUAGAGUCAUAGAGGAUGAUUUCACAUUCAUCUUUUAUAAGGAUGAUCGUGAACUCACAAAAACCUACAAAAAUGUUAAAAAAUUGCGCAGCAAUUUUCUGGGAUGAAGAACAGGUCACCUACUGCUUCUUUUGCUUCUUAAUCUAGGAACCCUAUCUGUGUGAGGAAUGACAAGAAGGGGCGAGUCAUCUGCGGUUGAAAUUGAAGACGACUCAGAAAGAAGAAUCUAAUCUAUGUGUCUCAGGUGUUUGGGGGGGUUGGAACCAGUGGAUAGAUGGUUUUGUUUGAAUGGUGAUGUUACAACCGGUGGAGUGGAGUAUGGAGAAGGUAUCCGGGCAUCAAAUGCAAAGCCAGACAAAUAGAUAGAUUUGAAGACCUGCCACACCUUGGUUUUCUUGAAUCGCUGUUAAUGGAUGGUUCUAUCUACCAUAUUGGUCACUCCAGUUGAUGGGUCACCCCUUCUCCCACGGUGUUUUUGAAGUUGAUGGAAAGAUUUAUGUUUUUGGGGGUUCUGAGCGCAACUCUUCACUCCUGGGCCCCUAUGUGGUGGUUUACGACUCAAGAAUCGAAUCAGUGGGUGGGGUCCUGUGGCAGUCUGGAAGCAUUUCCUGUUUUACCUCAGCGGCCGUGCUUACAAUUGUUUAAGGCGGAUGUUUGUGCGUGGGGAUGUUUGGGCUCCUUGUGGAAAAUUCACCACCCCUUCAGGUGCAGGGUCCACAACCCUAGUUGAUCUGGGAGAAGGCACUGUUUUUCACGUCCGGCGUCUCCUGUCAGAUUCAGAUAUAGGAUGUUGGCUAUUUGAAUGCUCCCGGUUACAUUUCAAGAUUGAUGAAAAUGGAAGAUGAGUUGUGGUUGAACAGGGAAAGCCCGUCGCCUAUUCUGUCAGCGGCUGCAAGGG